GAGAGAGUUUGACAGAGUAGAACAAAACAAAGAGAAGCACAAGUUUGACUGAUUAGAUUUCAAAGAAAUGGAGUGCAAAUUUAUAUUGUUCUUCUUCCUCCUUCAACUCAACAUUUCUACUGGAUUACUUGUUAAUCCAACACUAGUACAGAGUGAUACUAGAGCUGUUUGUUUGACCGGAAAGCCAGCGUCAUACUACUUUCUCCAAGGAUUUGACCAAGGAAUUCACAACUGGCUAAUAUAUCUUCGUGGUGGAUCGGAGGAUGGUGCGUCAAUAAUUUCGACGAUUGCUUACUAUAUGCUAAGAAUAGAAAUAUCACCAUAGAUCCUAAGCCAUUCGAUUUUGAUUAUAUUUUAAGCAACGAGAAAGACAAAAGUGCUGGUUUCUUUAACUGGAACAAAGUUUUAAUUACUUACACUGUGACGGAGGAUCCUUUAUGGGAGACACUGAAAUAGUUCACAAUGGCACCAAACUCUACUUUAGGGGGGAAAGAAUUUUCAACGCCGUGAUGCAAGAGUUGCUUCAGAAGGGGAUGGGAAAGGCCAAAAAUGCUCUUCUAGCCGGUAGCUCUGCACGAGGGAUUGCAGCUACUCUUUACUGUGAUAGAUUUCGAGGACUUCUCCCUAAUGCUUGUAGAGUUAAAUGCUUGUCGGAUGCCGCAUAUUUUUUCCCUUCGAGAAGGUUCAAAGAUGAUGGAGACCUAUUUAUUCCAUAUUUCAAAGGAUUAAUCGCACAACAUGGAUCAGUGAAUUCAUUACCAAAAUCAUGCACAUCAAGAUUAUCUCCGUAUUUGUGCUUUUUCCCCCAAAAUGUGCAACAAGACAUCAAAACGCCUAUCUUUUUCUUGAUGUCUGCAUUUGAUAAAGUUCAGAUAAAUUAUAUUUUUCCAAAGCAUAAAGAAACCAUCACAGCUUGCUUACAUUCCCAGAAUUGUUCAACUGAGAUGAUCAAGGCCAUGCAAGAAUUGAGAUUGGAAUUGUUGAGUGUAUUGCCUAAACAAGACAAUACAUCAUCAAGAGGAAUCUUGAUAACCUCUGAAACUGUUCAUGAACAAAUACGAUAUCUUGCUUGGAAUUCUAACAGGGUCGUAGACGGAAGUAAUGAGACAAUUUCAAAAAUGUUCACUGACUGGUAUUUUGAUGGAAAAGUUGUUCAAGUGAUUGACAAGUACCUGUGUCCUUACAAUUGUUCUCAUGUUCAAGACAAUAUAUAAUUAAAAAUGUAUGUUAAUCUUAUAUCUCAUGCCAUAUAUAUAACAUGACUGGGUUAUGUAUGGUUGUGUAUCCUAGCUUGAUGUGUAAGCUAGACACAAUUACAUAUAUUAUGACUUUAUAUCAA